CUGAGCCGCACGAUCGGGCUGUAAUGUGUAUAGUAUGCGUUUUUAAUUGAAACAUAAUUCUAAUUACUAGUUAAAAGAGAGGCUAAUUAGAGAUGGACUCAACCCCACAUACAGAAAAGGUUGAAGUAGGAGAGGAUUCAAGCAUGGGCAACUCUCAGCCAGGUCUUAAGCGACGUAAUACGGAUCAGCGCCAAUUGACGGCACAAGAUUCCUUUAUCUCAAAUACAUCUAAUGGGGAAUAUAAACCACCAAAUGGUGCAGGAAAUGGUGAUGCCAUACAUGAAGCAAAUGGAAAAGCUCCAACUGUGACUUUUGUGGGAGAUAAUGAAAAUGAGGCACUGGCAAAUGAGGGUGAAGAAUCUGAGGUUGUCAUAGAAACCAGAUUAUAUAUAAGACGCUGGUUCCAGUUGUUGCUGUUUGCGUCAUAUUCAGCAUGUAGUGCUUUCCAGUGGAUAUACCUGAACAUUAUUGGCAAUAUUACAAAGAGAUACUACAAUGAGAGUCUUCCAGCUGAUGAAUAUCAACAACAGGUUGCCAUAGACUGGUUGAGUAUGAUUUAUAUGGCGUCAUAUAUUCCCUUUAUAUUCCCAGCAACUUGGUUACUUACUAGAAAAGGUCUACGCUGGUCAGGAAUAAUAGCAACAUUUCUUAAUGCACUAGGUGCAAGUAUAAAGUGCUUUGCAGUGAAUCCUCACAGGUUUGGUGUGUUGAUGGCUGGACAGACAUGUUCUGCUAUAGCUCAGAGUUUUAUUCUUGAAGUGCCCCCAAGACUGGCUGCCCUCUGGUUCGGGCCUAAUGAGGUCUCCACGGCAACGGCUAUAGGUGUAUUUGGCAACCAGUUUGGGUGUGCCCUAGGGUUCCUUCUUCCCCCAGAGAUUGUGAUAGAUGAUCCAGAUAAAGAUGUGGUAGGGCGUAGACUAGGCUACAUGUUGUACAGUACGGCUGGUUUAGCAGUCUUGCAAUGCAUCUUAGUAAUUCUGUUAUUUAAAGAAAAGCCUGAGUACCCUCCAAGUCAAGCCCAGUCAGUGGCAGCCAUUACAACUGAUAGUGAUGACUUCACAGGUUCUCUGAAAAGACUAUUAAAGAAUCCAGGAUUCAUUCUGCUGACUUUAUCAUAUGGUCUGAAUACUGGUUCAUAUUAUGCCAUAGGGACAGUUCUGAACAGUAUCAUUCUGGAACAUUUCCCAGAAGAAAUUACAAAUGCAGGCAGGAUAGGGUUAACACUGGUACUAGCUGGGCUACUUGGCUCAGUCAUUGCAGGAAUAUGGCUAGAUAAAACAAAGUGGUUUAAGGCUACAACAGUAGGGAUCUAUGUGCUAUCAGUUGCUGGAAUGUUGGCGUUCUCUCUCACACUAAUGCUCAACCAGAUAUGGAUUGUAUUUGUCUGUGCAUUUAUCUUAGGCUUUUUCAUGACUGGCUAUUUACCUGUUGGGUUUGAGUUUGCUGCUGAAAUCACAUACCCAGAACCUGAAAGUACAUCAUCAGGGCUCCUCAAUGCUAGUGCUCAGACAUUUGGUAUAAUCUUGACAUUUACGCUGAGUGCGCUGGUGCUGAAAUCAGGGGCAAUAACUGGGAACAUGACACUUGUUGGUGCAUUGGUACUAGGAACAAUAAUGACAGCAAUUAUCAAACCUGAUCUCAGAAGGCAAAGGGCUGGAGAGGUGGAACUGGAAGAGAAUACAAUGAUCAAACUCGACCCAGGCAAAGAGUAUAUAGUUGAUAAAGAGAGUCAGAUUUAGACAAACCACAUGACAGUGAACACAACAAUGCAGAAUGAAGAAAGUCUGGAACUAGAAAGGAACAUAUUUAUGAGGAGAAACAAAUCUAAACCACCGCAAUGAGAGGUUAUAUACAGAAUAAAGAAUGUCAAGAUAUAAUAAGGAACAUACAAUAAUAUACUGAGACCAGGCAGGGCCUGUAUACAGGGUGACUCAAAAAUGCAAUCUUUAAAUUGAUUUUGGAUGGAUUUUCUUAUUAUGUUUGACUCUUCUUGGGUUAUCAUGUGUAGAUACAGUGUUUUAGUGGCGCAACCAGUAUUCAUAUAUUGAUAUAUUGAAGAUUGAAGACAUCCAAAAACGUUGUCUGAUUUUUGGAUUUAUAUUAUUUCUGGAUUGCUUUCAGUUUUCUUCACAUUUUCACUGAUCCUAUUUAUGCAUUUUUGGACUAUAAUGAUGAAUUCGCUUGAUAAGCAGUUUGAGAUGAAAUGGCAUUUUAGCAACACCAGAUAAAAAAAACAUAAUUUCAAGAAAUUGAGAAAGGUAUUCCAAAAUUAGAAAGUUGCAUUUUUGGUAACUCUGUAAUUUAUAAGGAGACGACAUCUACAUUUGCAACAUGACAUUUAAUAUUUAAUACAAUCAAAGAAUUAAAGAACUUAAGACAAGCACUUUCAUAUUUAGAAUUUUAAGCUGAAAAUGUACUGCAACAUGUGCAAUCGAUAAAUAAUGUAUAUUUGCCAGUUAUUUAUC